CAGUGUGGAUCGUUGGCUGUGUUAGUCAAUGCUCAGAAACAAAGGAAAUCAUAAGAAAUAGUACCUCUCGUUCUGUGAGGCGCGUGAAUUCUUGCCUUACAGUAUUGCAAGUCUUAAUGUGAAGUGCCGACCGUCUAGUGUUCUGCCAACUCCGUCGGUCCUUCCUCACCACUCACCGCACGUCUCACCUUUCCCUGUCGUCAUUAGUGGACGUCUGGCGGCCACGAGCUGAGGCGCACCAAAGCUGGGAGAGAAUAUGGCCAUGAAGAUUGGAGAAUUCCAGUGCCACUCAAGGACCCUCACUGCAAGGAGCUAACAGGAGCCUUGAAGUUUCCUCAUGGCGUGGUUGGCGCCUUUGCCCUGGCCGCCCUUCAUGAGUGGGCGCGGCCUGAGUCGUCUCAGCACGUCGUGUCCUUCGCUCAACGUGGACGGGGAGGAGAUCGACGACGACGAUUCUCCCACAUGUAAGUCCCCCACUGGUGGUGGUGUCGCCCUCCCUGGGCCGAGCACCGCCGGCAGCAGCGGUCACCACCACGCCCUCGCCCACCACCAGGCCAGACGGGGCUCUGGCAGACUCUCCUCGCGUUCCGACGAUGGGGAAACCACCAGCCCUAACACCCCCAACACCCCCAACACCCCCAUCACCUCCAGCUCCCUGGACGAGCACCACCUGUGUCCCGACACCCCCAAGAUCCGUGUCAACGACUCAACCCCCACAGGUUCCGAGGAGUUCCUGGACGCGAGGAAGACCCGAGUAGGAAGCACCAGUGACUGCCACCGCCGCCGCUCCUGGUCAGGCCUGUCCGAUGAGGAGAAGAAGCGAGCCAACAGACACAGAAGAGUUUUCCAGGAACUUCAGCAACACUUCCAGGCGACGCUGCCGCCACUAUCACCACAAGAUGAACCAUCACCACCAACAUCACCACCAACCUCACCACCACUUAUCUUACACCACUCGCCACCCUCACCACAAGACGAACUGUCACCACCCAUCUCACCCACACCUCUCUCACACUAUCCAUACUUCCGCCCACUUCCACUGAGCCUCCCCCGCCGCUCCUCUUCCCCCUCCCGCCUCAUGCACCACCCGCCCCUGCCCUCGCCGAUAGACGAGCCCUCGCCCCCCAACUCCCCACCCUACCCAAUACCGUGCCCCCACCCCCCUCCGCCUUACAUCUCAUCACGAUGUCCUCCACAACUGCCUUCCGUCAGGCCAGCGGUGCGCAAGCCUCUCCCUCCCCCGUUACGCCUGCCCCCAGCCCACAACAUUCCCCUCUCGCCAUACCUCUCCGGCUCCCCGCCCUGGCUGCCCCCUCAGCCGCCGCGAACAGCCCCCUCACUCCCACUCACCACUUCAUUUAAGCCAAUGCUACCACUGCGAUCCAAGCCACCACUUCCUCCACGGCCAUGGUAUAAACCACCUCAGCCAUCUCAACCGUCAUCAACAGCUAGAACUCACACCGCCAUCAGCAGCAUCAGCCUGAGCAGCCUGGACUCGGACGCGGAGGAAGCCUUCUAUGAUGCCGAGGACAACACCACCAACCAGGGAUUAGACAGCGUGGAUGGUGGGUGUCGCCGAGGAGUGGAGAAACAGAGGUCAAUGUCCGGGUCAUCCUCUCCGGUGACCUAUGGCGGCGGCGGCUCCUCCACUCACUCUCUCAAUGAUGUCCACCUUCAGGAGAAGCGGAGCUCGGGUCCUAUCGAGAAACCAAGGCUGCUGUCGCCGCGACUCACACUCCAGAAGUCAGUGUCCACGCCCUCUAUCCUGGCGGGCAUGACAGCCCAGCCACCCCAGCAGCAGCCGCAAUCGAACUACCAAUACGAGGACACCAAGAGAAGAAAAAGAGGCUCUCUGUUCUUCAGGAAAAAGAAGGACAAACUCAAGAAGAGCUCACACCAUUUUGUGGCUGUGUGCUACAGCAACUCAGCAACGUGUGACGUGUGCAGCAAACCCAUGACAAACAAGCCUGCCCUUCGAUGUGAGACUUGUCAGGUGUGUGUGCACGAGAAUUCUUGUAAGGAUCAAAUCUCUGACUGCUCCAAACUGAAGAACCCCAAGCAUAUCCAGUUGGCAGCAGGACUCACAACACUGGUGAUCCAGAAACCUGGGACUGCUGCAACACUUGGCACCACCACAAAAAGCUCCAGCCUGGGCUCCUAUGCAGGCUCAGGAGGCAGUGCCCCUCCAGGCACUGCUGCUAAAACACAAGCACCUGCCGUUGCCAGAUCUCGCUCCUCGGCCGCCCAUUCAUCUCCCACACGUCCCACCAGUGUUGCAUCACCAAGUGGCUGCGUGUCCUGGCCUCCGCGGCCCGCUAACCCCCCGGCCCGCCCCAACAGUGGCUGUGUGUCCAGCCCCGUCCGUAGACUGUCCGGCUUCUCCCAGUGGAAGCGAGUGGCUACCAAGUUGGGAGUCAACAAAGUGCAGAGCGAGGAGAAGGAAGCGGAGCUACUCCCACAUGAAGCCCCGGAUGCCAACAUUCUGGAGGUUAACUCUGCAUCUAUGGAAUCAUUAGAUGAAGGUGGCAAUGAAGAACCUGAUUUAGAUGACAUAGAUGCUGAUCCAGAGCUGAGACUGCUGGACAAGGAGCCAGAGCUGUGGGUUCAUACUGUGGAGAAAGAAGUUGUGGAGCAGCUGAAAGAAAAAGAAGUUAAAAAACAAGAACAUAUAUAUGAGUUAAUCAUCACAGAAAAGCAUCAUUGUCGUAUGCUGAAAGUCAUGCAGAAAGUGUUUGCUGAAGGAAUGGCUCGUGAACUGAACAUGCAAGAGUCAAGAAUCAAGAGAAUAUUCCCCUGUCUGGAUGAACUUAUAACAUUACACUGUUCAUUUCUCUGGAGACUGAGACAAAGACAGAGAGGUUGCAAGUACAUAGAAACCAUUGGGGAUCUCUUGGUCGAUCAGUUCACAGGUGAUAAUGCUAAGGGCCUCAAGGAUGCAUAUGGCCAGUUCUGCUCCCAGCAUCAGGAUGCUGUUUCUUAUUACAAGGAUAUGCUCAAAACUGAUCGCAGAUUCCAAGCUUUUAUCAGACAAAAAUCUGCCCAUCCACUCAUGAAGAAGAAAGGCAUCCCAGAGUGUAUAUUGUUCGUGACACACAGAGUCACCAAAUAUCCACUGAUGCUUGAAGCACUAAUGAAGUACAGCAAAGAUCAAGAGGAGGAACUUUGUACACUAAAAAAAGCUUUAGAUUUAGUAAAAGAAAUUCUCGUGAACAUCAAUGCUCAAGUUGCUGAAAAAGAAAGGGAGCAAAGAUUAUUAGAAAUAUACCAUAAGAUAGAUGCCAAGUCUUCUGCUAUAUAUAAGGAUCAGAAAUUCAAGAAAUCUGACUUUUUUUCAAGGAGUAGAAAGCUCAAGUUUGAGGGUUCAGCAAUGCUAAGUCAACAGAAAGGAAAGCCAAUUCAGGUACAAGUUGUGGUUCUCUCAGAUUUGGUCUUCUUUCUCCUGGAAAAUAAUGGAAAAUAUUACUUCUUUUCUCCAGACUCAAAGCAAGCUGGUGUCAUUCCUCUGGGAAAACUUAUUGUAAGGGAAAAGGCUGGUGAAGGGUCAAGAGUUAUCUACCUCAUUUACUCUAAAAAUUCAGCAGAAAUGUUUGAGUUUGAAUGUAGUCAUCCUAAGGACAAGAAAAUAUGGAUUGAAUCAAUAAGAGAAGCAAUAGAACACCGCCCAGAUGAGGACGAGCUUGGAGAACACACUGGUGAAUACUCCAAGCUGCAGGAAGCCCACACAGAAAAAAUCAGAGAUCUUACUGGUUUUCUACAACACAAGGACAAAGAGCUGGCAAGAUUAUGUGAAGAGAGAAUGAGCAUAGUACUGGAGCUUCUGGAGCUGCUGGGAUAUGAUGACCUGCCACCUGCCCCUCAGUAUCGUGCUCUACUGGAUGAAAAUCAGUUAGAUUAUAAUACUGCAAGAGAUCUGCAAAUUACAUCUCUUACAGAAGCACUAAAGUUGGUUAGUGGUGCUUGUGGGUGGGGUACCAACCUUGCUCGGUCAGUCAGUUCUGUUGGAGAACACCAAAGUGAGGCUUACGUAUCGCCAAGCUUACCAAAACGUGCUGAAACCUUUGGAGGUUUUGAUAACUCAACUGCUGCAGGUCAUUCUGGUAAACAAUCAGGUGGUAAGAAGAAAAAAGAUAGCCGUUUAUCUCUUACUUCAGCAGGAACCACAGAUAGUGAUAUUAUUGAGAGUCUCAAGAACCGACGACCUUCAGGCAGUACUCUGACAGUUCGCAGUUCCCAAGAUAACUUGAGUAUUGCCUCUUCAGGUGACUCCAUUACUCAACAGCAACAAGAUGUGGCAGCCAAGCUUAUACAUUGGCUCCAUACCUCCUUAGUUCUGAGCCAGCAUCACCUCACACAGUAUGAUGUACUGAGGUCGAAGGUAGUCAUUGGAGGUGCUUCAGUUGAUAGUCGGUUCCGGCAUUCCCAAAAACUAGAAGAGCUUAGGAAUAUUCAAGAACAAAUUAGCCAUGAACGAGCUCAGUGGACUAAAGAAAGAGAUGCUCAAGAGAAAUGGAUAUCUGAAAAGAAAAUUGAAAUUCAGAAGAAACAAGAACAACUGCGUUGUGAAGAACAAGACAUUCAACAGCAAAGAGAAACUCUAUACAGAAAGUUGGAGGCCUUGAAGGCCCAAGGAAUUAUCCUCAGCCCCACCCUUACUGUGCUGACUACCACUCCCCCUUCUCAAAUAGUUCAUGAUGAACACCAAGCAGGAAAUCCAAGUGGGGUGGGGAGUGAUAGUGGGCCAACUCAGGGAUCCCCACACAGUUCACCUACUAGCACUGCAGCUCCAGCACGUCCCCGCACAGAUCACAAACACCGCAAUUCUUCGGCUUCACUCUCAAGUCUCAUUAAGCGAGAUUCCAACCAGUCUUUACCCACACAUCUAAUAUCAGCUGCUAAUCAGCAAAAAGGUUCCAUACCAUCAGUGAAGCAGCAACUGCCCAUGAAAUUGGCCAAGCUAGGAAGUAGCAGCAGCUCAGGAUCAUCCUCAUCUAGUAGUGCUGGAGGAGCAUCUUCUCCAAGCCAGGAUCACCAUCGAACCCACAUAAGUUCGGUGGCCAGUGGUGGUGUGCAACAGAUGUUGCCCUUAAAGCUCAGUCAGGGACCUGGAGAGAACAGAGGUUCUCGUAUGACAGUAGGGUAUCAACGAUUAGCAUCCCCUCCACCCUCUCUGCAAGAACCAGCCAUUGGCCAUUCCCAUCAGCGUACAGGUUCAUCACCUGCAACAUUACAAAAUGGGUCUCCAGCCACUAGUCCUGGGGCAAUCCCCUCCACUGCCACUACCACCGCCCAGGGUGCUCAUGCCACCCGCACUAAUACUUAUCCUAAGCUUCCCAGUAAACCUUCCAUGCCUGUCACACAGGCUGAGUCGACCCCCAAGGAAUCGCAGGAGGGAUCUGGUGUGGGUUCCAGUGCACGCCCUGGUCAGCGAAUUAAGGACCCUGACACUAAUCAGGACAUCAUAUUCUGCUAAGAGCUUCUACUGAAUUAGCUUUUCUAGAUUUCUUAGUGUCAGAAGUAUGUCAAUUUGCUGAAAAACCUUUGUUAGCCAGAUUGGUAUACUUCUGUCAAUCAUUAAUAGUGUCUGUCCUUGUGAUAAAGGCAUUCCUUCCUUUAUACACACCACCACUGUUACAUGAUCCUUACUGUUUACCAUAUUGUUCAGUGUGCAUUGUAUGCUGUAGAAAUGGGCCUUGUACAUAUGACUUUCAUAUUUGCACACUGUCUGCUGGCUACUGGUACACCCACUGGUGGGAGCUCGUACUCUUGUGUGAUAGAUACACCCUGAAAUAUCUUUUUAGCAAAUAUUGCUUAGCGUAUGUGCAAGGUUGUUGGGUCAGUAUUCAUAUUAAGAAGUUAUAGUAAGUUUUUAUAAAUAUAGUAGAGAAUAAGUGAGAAUUAUGUGAUUGAAAAUGUUUGAACUGAAUGGUUAUUUUUACAGAAGUAUGAAAGUUUGACCGACUGCACAUUCCUGUGGCCUUUACUGCCCUCUGCGUAGGGAAGGGAGCAGCCUCAAGGGGAGAGAGGCUGCUCGGCUUCUAAAAUGCAUUCUUGUACGGGCUGUCUCUGGUGGUGUGGAUGCAGCUGAGUUGUUAAUAUGUUUAAAUGUUUUAUCUAUAGAAACAUAUAAGUUAUAGAAUUUUUAUUUAUAUAAUUACCUACUAAACAUGAAAUUCCAGAUAGCCAGGAAAGCAGUGUGCUCAUUCCAAAGAAUAAUAAUUUCUAUGUUAUAGUUGCUGUACGUUAGCCCAGAUGGAAUAUAGGGUACCUUAUAUAAUGUAUAUCUAGAAUUCAUGUUUUCCUAAAGCUCAAUGUGUUUCAGCUAAAAGUUCCAGGUAUGUCUGGCAGAGAUACAGCUGAAAAAUGUGUAUAGUAAUAUAAAGAUUUGUUGAGAUGGGGGCAACUGUUGUGCUGAAUGUUUAGAUAGAUGUACAGUGUAAUUAACUACAGCACAAACAUCAACAUUCCUAGGGGUUAUUUUUUUGUGUAUUUGAAAUAAAAUAACUUUGAUAAUAUGUACAGAUGUUUCUGCAGUGAAUUAUUAUAAGAUUAUACAGUUUGCAUCACUUACUGCUUCAUCUUGGUUCAUGAAAUCCUUGUCUAAGGAAUACAGUGUUGAGAGUUUCUCUAAUUGGGAAGCUGGUACAGUGAGACAAAGCAGAAUAUGUUUCCAGUGCAAAUAAUAUCAAGCAGCCAUGAUAGUGAACAGCCACACAUAAUUCACAGCAUUUUAGAUUGAACUGGUGAAAUGGUUACCAAAUUUCAUAUGUUCUUCUCAUUUAAUAUAAUUGUCAUAAUAGUUUGCCAGUCUUGACAAAAUAUUCUCUGCAGUCUUGAUGAAUGUGGGAUGUGAUCUUUCAUAAAGUAAAGAAACAUUCAUAAAUAUCUAGUCUUCAUGUUUCCAGCUCACUGGUCUUCCAUGCGAUAAUAGAUUAAGAAGACAGUGUUGCUAUUCUCUGAUAAGUAACUGCUGUGCAUGGUCAUGAUAAUUUUGAAGUCAUUAAGUUUUUGUACAACACUGCUUGAUGCAUAGCUGUUUUCUUUAUGGUUGAAGUUUUUAUGUGACUCAUGUAGCCAUUUUACAUUCCCUAAAAAAUCUGCUUGAGCAAAUCCUUCUUAUAUUUUUGUGUAUUCAUGACUAUCUUUCGACUGCAGUACCAUUACAGUACACUGCACUCAGAGCUCAUAGAUAUUAACUGCAAUAUCUCUGAGUAUUCUUGCUCUUGUUACUAAUGGUAACGUAUAUCACCAGCAAGUAAAAGAUGUAUUCAAAUGGUGAAUACAUCUGAGAACUUAUCUCUCAACACACCUUCAACCAGAUGAGGAUUAUGCUACCUAGUUUACUACAUAGAACAUUCCAUAAUUUGCCAAUUAUUCAGGAAUGUCACACUAGAGUUGACCACUAUUCUGUCCACUAGCAUAGCUACCUUUGUUGAGGGGGACUUAACUGAUCUCUAUUUUUCUUUAUCAUAGUUUUCUCAUAGCCUCAUCCCUCUAUGUAAGUCAAAGUUGCAGUUUUCCUAUUGAAUCAUCACUAGACAGAGCCUUCUCCAGUCAUAUAACUCACCUGGUGCUUAAAAAGUAAAUGGGAAAAUAUUGCAACUUUCUUGUCAUAAAGGGGACCAUCAUGAAAGUCAGUAUGUAUGCAUUGAACUCUAGUGUGCCAUUCUUGAUUAUAUGUUUGUAAUAACUAGGUACCAAUGAAGACUGGAGUCAAUUUAGCAGCAUGUGAUAAAAUACCAGUGGACAAGUCAUUAAUGUGGUUCAACAAGUUGACCCAUUGUACGAAGCUUCUGCUCUGAUGCAAAAGCAUUUUAAUACAUUAUUUUGUGAAUAGAAGUCCAAGGAAUAAACUGUUUAUCGUUA